UGGACCUCCACAAGUGUGGUUCAUCCUUGGGAGCAAUUUCAAAACGCCUGAAGGUACCAAAUUCAUCUGUACAAACAAUAGUACGCAGGUAUAAACACCAUGGGACCACACAGCCGUCAUACCGCUCAGGAAGGAGACCUGUUCUGUCUCCUCCAGAUGAACGUACUUUGGUGCAAAAAGUGCAAAUCAAUCCCAGAACAACAGCAAAGGACCCUGUGAGGAUGCUGGAGGAAACGGGUACACAAGUAUCUAUAUCCACAGUAAAACGAGUCCCAUGUUGACUGACAUAACCUGAAAUGCCAAUCGGCAAGGAAGAAGCCAUUGCUCCAAAACCGCCAUAAAAAAGCCAAACUAUGGUUUGCAAUUGCACGUGGACAAAGAUCAUACAUUUUGGAGAAAUGUCCUCUGGCCUGAUGAAACAAAAAUAGAACUGUUUGGCCAUAAUGACCAUCAUUAUGUUUGGAGGAAAAAGGGGGAGGCUUGCAAGCCGAAGAACACCAUCCCCUGGCCAACCUCCAAACACAGACCGAUUACUGAUUGGCAUAGUGUAAUACUACAGAUCUUUAUCUUGCUAGAUGCCCUCUCCAUUGUCAUGAUCACAAACAGGUGGAUGAGUUUUAAAGUUUAGGCACAAACCUUUAUCUACAAAACGACACAUCAUGACAAGAGCUUAGAAAAUGAAAGGGUGGGCUAUGUCUACAUCUCAUCUCCACAUAUGGUUUACAUUAAAGACAUUCCAUCAAAAGUUCUAAGCACAUCUGCCAAGUAGUAUAUCUUUUCAUAAAUUAAAUUGGAAAAAUAAGCCACACAUGACUAACUACACCAUAAUGAUAUGUUUGACUAUUAAAGUAACUUUGAACUGAAAAAAAGUCUCUGACUCAAAUUAUUAUAUAGCUAUACGAUCAGGCAAAAUUCUACAUUUUUUUCUGGACAUCCUGUCAAUUACACUGUAUGAAUUGACACUACUUCAAACUUGUAAUAGUUUCUAUCCUAAUGUAUGGUAGGCAACUUUAAUUGAAUGGUCAUCUUUUUGGUUGCUUUUUUGAUUGCAUAACUGUUUCUCCACCGCAACUACAGACUUUAACAUUUUAUGGUACAUUCUUUGCAUAAGGAAACAUUUUAAAUAACACGCCUUCCCCCUUUUCCCUUUAAAAAAGGAUGAGCUGAAAUCUCGCGAGCUCUACCCCCCGUUUGGAACUCAUGCUACCAGUCGGUAUCUGAAUGCCUUACUGCAGUGUGUAUUGCAGCGAGGAUGCAAUGGGAGUCUAGGAGGAGUUGCACCAAGGUCAAUGCAGCAUCCACUCUAAAACAUAACACCGCGGAUUUGAUUCACUUUCGUACAAGUGUGCUGAAAGCGAGAGUACCGUGAAGCGUUUUGAAGAUUCGUUUGCCAGGGCUGAAAGUUGAUGCCUUUUUCCUCUGUAGUGUAUAUAACGUUAGUGAGGCAACUAGCAAGCCAUCCUUCUCCAUUCGUAGCUCUUCGCAUGUCUGGACUACCUUUUCUCAAUUCGGAUGCACUGCGUUUCUGUUGGAGCGAAUAUCCAGACGGUCUUCCUCCACUUGGGUGGAAUCAGGAGUGUUCGCUAACUUUAUGUCGGAAAUAAUUUGGUUUUAGCAGCAGUGUAGCUUUGCUAUUGUACACGAGUUGUGCUGGACAUUUAGCUAGCUAGGUUUGUCUCUGCAAGCUCGUCCAUUCAUCAGUAAUAUUUGCAAUGUCAGCGCCAUCCUCCACGCCUCCCGUUCUGGAAGAGAAACAGGCGCCAGUAAAUGAGGGACUGACCGUGGAUACAGGUUUGGAGCCCGCCGGCCCGACACCCAGCUCGAGUCGGUUCCAGGUGGACCUAGUGGCUGAAGCAGCCAGCGCCGCUGAUAAAACGCCCAGCACGGAUUCCACGCUUGCAUCUGGCGACAAAGCCACUCCCGAAGGUACGGAGCCAGCGGCGGGUGGUGAGGCAAAAGGCCGGUUCCGAGUGGUGAACUUUAUGGAUCCCAGUGGAGCGAGCCCACCAGAAGUAGUGCCCGCUGAAGGCUUCCAGAAUGGAGACACCAUAAUGAGCGAGGGCAGCCUGCAUUCUUCGACAGGAGGCCAGCAUCACUACCACUACGACACCCAUACAAACACCUAUUACCUGAGGACUUUUGGCCACAACACCAUCGAUGCUGUGCCUAACAUAGAUUUCUACCGGCAAAGUGCUGCUCCGCUGGGGGACAAGCUGAUAAGACCCACCCUUUCGGAGCUGCACGACGAACUUGACAAGGAGCCAUUUGAGGAUGGCUUCGCCAACGGGGAUGAGCUGUCACCGGCCGAGGAGGCCGCAGCCAAGGAGGCGGCCGAGCCAAAGGGAGCGGUCAAGUUCGGAUGGAUCAAAGGGGUGCUGGUGCGCUGCAUGUUGAACAUUUGGGGCGUGAUGCUCUUCAUCCGCAUGUCAUGGAUCGUGGGCCAGGCGGGAAUUGUUCUCUCCUGUGUGAUCGUUCUCAUGGCAACAGUUGUGACCACCAUCACUGGCCUUUCGACCUCAGCGAUUGCGACUAACGGCUUUGUACGAGGAGGAGGGGCAUAUUAUCUGAUAUCCAGAAGUUUGGGGCCAGAGUUUGGCGGCUCCAUUGGUCUGAUCUUUGCCUUUGCCAACGCUGUGGCUGUCGCCAUGUACGUGGUGGGCUUCGCCGAGACGGUUGUGGAGCUCCUCGGAAGCGUGGAUUGCAUUAUGACAGAUGAGAUCAAUGACAUCCGAAUCAUCGGCACCAUCACCAUCAUCCUUCUCCUUGGUAUCUCCAUGGCAGGAAUGGAAUGGGAAGCUAAGGCUCAGAUAUUCCUGCUGGUCGUUCUGAUUACGGCCAUCUUCAACUACUUCAUUGGCUCCUUCAUCCCACUCAAGUCCAAGGAGUCGCAGGGAUUCUUUGGCUACGAUAGUGUGAUUAUGAUGGAGAACAUGGGUCCGGACUUCCGAGGCACAGAGUCGUUUUUCUCCGUCUUUGCCAUCUUCUUCCCUGCAGCCACUGGCAUUCUGGCCGGCGCCAACAUCUCAGGAGAUCUUUCUGACCCACAACUGGCCAUUCCAAGAGGAACACUCUUAGCCAUUCUGAUCACUGGCAUUGUCUACCUGGGGGUUGCCAUUUCUACUGGCUCUUGCAUUGUGAGAGACGCCACAGGAAACGGCAAUGACACACUCGGCGCACAGUUCAUGGCCAACUGCACUGACGCCGCCUGCAAAUUUGGCUAUGACUUCUCCUACUGCAAGGGUGAUGACGGUCAGUACAACUGCAGAUACGGACUCCAGAACGACUUCCAGGUCAUGAGCAUCGUGUCCGGGUUCAGCCCCAUCAUCACCGCCGGAAUCUUCUCCGCCACUCUGUCCUCUGCCCUGGCCUCUCUGGUCAGCGCCCCCAAAGUGUUCCAGGCUCUAUGCAAAGACAACAUCUACCCCGGCCUUGAGAUGUUCGCCAAGGGAUAUGGCAAGAACAACGAGCCCCUUCGCGGCUACAUCCUCACCUUCUGCAUCGCUCUGGCCUUCAUCCUCAUUGCCCAGUUGAAUGUUAUUGCACCCAUCAUCUCCAACUUCUUCCUGGCCUCCUAUGCUCUCAUAAACUUCUCUGUAUUCCACGCCUCUCUGGCCAACUCUCCAGGGUGGCGCCCCAGCUUCAAGUUCUACAACAUGUGGGUGUCCCUGGCUGGAGCUGUGCUGUGCUGCGUGGUCAUGUUCGUCAUCAAUUGGUGGGCAGCCCUGAUGACCAACGUUAUUGUCAUGGGCCUCUACAUCUACGUGAGCUACAAGAAGCCCGAUGUGAACUGGGGCUCCUCGACCCAGGCUCUGACAUACCAUCAGGCCCUGACCCACAGUCUGCACCUCAGCAGUGUUGAGGACCACAUCAAGAACUUCAGACCCCAGUGCUUGGUGAUGACGGGAUACCCCAACUCCCGUCCGGCUCUGCUCCACCUGGUCCACGCCUUCACCAAGAACGUGGGCCUGAUGAUCUGCGGCCAUGUGCGCACGGGCUCCAGAAGACCCAACUUCAAAGAGCUGUCCAACGACCAGACGCGUUACCAGCGCUGGCUGCUGAAAAACGAGACCAAGGCUUUCUACACCCCUGUGUUUGCCGACGACAUGAGACAGGGCACCCAGUAUCUGUUACAGGCUGCCGGACUGGGUCGCCUGAGGCCCAACACUCUGGUGAUUGGCUACAAGAGUGACUGGAGGGACGGAGACAUGAUGAACGUGGAGACCUACAUCCACAUGAUUCACGAUGCCUUUGACUUCCAGUACGGUUCCGUGGUCUUCAGACUGAAGGAGGGACUAGACGUAUCCCACAUCUCAGAACAAGAUGACCUGCUGUCGUCACAGGAGAAGACGUCAGGAAUGAAGGAUGUGGUGGUGUCCAUCGACAUGAAGGACUCUGACGGAGACUCGUCCAAGCCUUUGUCCAAGGUCACCAGUAUCCAGAACAGCCCAGCCAUGCAGAAAGAUGACGAUGACGAAUGCAAAGCCGCAACGAAGCCCCUAUUGAAAAAAGACAAGAGCCCCCAGAGGUUGAACGUGGCUGACCAGAGGCUGCUGGACGCCAGUCAGCUGUUCAAGAGGAAACAGGGAAAGGGCACCGUGGACGUGUGGUGGCUCUUUGACGAUGGUGGCCUUACCCUGCUCAUCCCCUACCUGCUCACCAACAAGAAGAAGUGGAAGGACUGCAAGAUCCGCGUAUUCAUAGGAGGCAAGAUCAACAGGAUCGACCACGACCGCAGAGCGAUGGCCACCCUGCUCAGCAAGUUCAGGAUAGACUUCUCUGACAUCAACGUACUGGGAGACAUCAACACCAAGCCCAAGAAAGAGAAUGUUACUGCUUUUGAAGAGAUGAUCGAGCCGUACCGGCUGAAGGAGGACGACAUGGAGCAGGAUACGGCGGAGGCACAGAAGGCCAGCGAGCCCUGGAGGAUAACCGACAACGAGCUGGAGCUCUACAGGGCCAAGACUAAUCGUCAGAUCAGACUGAACGAACUGCUGAAGGAGCACUCAAGCACAGCUAACCUCAUUGUCAUGAGCAUGCCCUUGGCCAGAAAGGGAGCAGUGUCCAGUGCUCUCUACAUGUCCUGGCUGGAGACUCUGUCCAAGGAUCUGCCUCCCCUCCUCCUGGUGCGCGGAAACCACCAGAGCGUCCUCACCUUCUACUCAUAAACACACACAUGCUGCCUUUGGGACCUCCCAUCCCUACCCCAGCCCUAACUAAGACACGCACACAUAUUCUUCAAUGAAGGUAGAAAUAGUAGCUAUUGAUGAUAAUAUUAAUAAUGAUAAAGUAUAUGGUGUUGCUGUGGACAUCCAGCCUCUUACACUACAUGAUCAAAAGUAUGUGGACACUCGUCAAACAUCUCAUUCCAAAUUCAAGAAACAUUAAAAUACAGUUGCUGCUAUAACAGCCUCCACUCUUCUGGGAAGACUUUAUACUAGAUGUUGGAACAUUGCUGCUAUAACAGCCUCCACUCUUCUGGGAAGGCUUUCCACUAGCUGUUGGAACAUUGCUGCUAUAACAGCCUCCACUCUUCUGGGAAGACUUUACACUAGCUGUUGGAACAUUGCUGCUAUAACAGCCUCCACUCUUCUGGGAAGGCUUUCCACUAGCUGUUGGAACAUUGCUGCUAUAACAGCCUCCACUCUUCUGGGAAGACUUUACACUAGCUGUUGGAACAUUGCUGCUAUAACAGCCUCCACUCUUCUGGGAAGACUUUACACUAGAUGCUGGAACAUUCCUGCGGGGACUUGCUUCCAUUCAGCCUCGAGCAUUAGUGAGGUCGAGCACUGAUUUUGGGCGAUUAGGCCUGGCGUGCAGUCGGCAUUCCAAUUCAUCCCAAAUGUGUUCGAUGAGGUUGAGGUCAGAGCUCUUUGCAAGCCAGUCAAGUUCUUCCACUCCGAUCUCAACAAACCAUUUCUGUAUGGACCUCGCUUUGUGUACAGGGGUAUUGUCAUGCUGAAACAGGAAAGGGCCUUCCCCAAACUGUUACCACAAAGUUGGAAGCACAGAAUGUAAUUUUAUGCUAUAGCAAUAAGAUGUCCCUUCACUGGAACUAAGGGGCCUAGCCCAAACCAUGAAACAGCCCCAGAGCAUUAUUCCUCCUCCACCAAACUAACAGUUGGCAGGUAGCAUUCUCCUGGUAUCAGCCAAACCCAGAUUUGUCCGUCGGACUGCUAGAUAGUGAUUCAUCACUCCAGUUUCCACUGCUUUAGAGUCUGCUCGGCCAAGGAAACCAAUUUCAUAAAGCUCCAGACGAACAGUUAUUUUGCUGAUGUUGCUUCCAGAGGCGGUUUGGUACCCGAUACUGAGUGUUGCAACUGAGGACAUACGAUUUUUACGCACUUCAUCACUGUGGCCUACCACUUCGCGGCUGAGCCGUUGUUGCUCCUAGACGUUUCCACUUCACAAUAACAGCACUUACAGUUGACCAGGGCAGCUCUAGCAGGGCAGACAUUUUACGAACUGAAUUGUUGGAAAGAUGGCAUCCUAUGACGGUCCCAUGUUGAAAGUCACUGAGCUCUUCAGUAAAGCCAUUCGAUUGCCAAUGUUUGUCUAUGGAGACUGCUUGGCUGUGCUCAAUUUUAUACACCUGUCAGCAAUGGGUGUGGCUGAAAUAGCCAAUUCCACUAAUUUUAAGGGGGCGUCCACAUACUUUUGAAUAUAAUGUAUGUGAAAGGGCAGUCAGUCAGUGAAGUCCCCACUACUCUUAUGAAACUGGAGACUGAAGAACACGUGGGACCCCUGGCUAACACAUUCAACCUAACGUGAAAAGAAGUGCACAAUUUAAUUUACAAAGUUGAUUUCCACUCUGGCUUGAAAGGGCCUGUUCAUGCUUCGCACUAUUUUGUUAUUACUAUUAAUAUUGUUAUUAUUAUUCCGAUUCUUCUUGAUAUCAUGUUAAGUUAUAGAUCAUUUUAUUUUUUUUUCAAUGCAGCAAUAAUCGCCCUCUUAUAUUUCCUUUUCUUGUGUUGGGAGAGAGGCAUGUCAAAUGCUUUGCAACACUUUUUAUUGCCUUAUGUAUGUGCCUUCCAGUUGAAAUCAAUAAUUAAACUAUUAAUCGCUCUACCCAGAUUGAACGGUAUGAAACAUUUAUAAUAGCUCUAUUUUUAUUAGGUUUUAAAUGUAAUCUUUGUUUUUAGUGAGGAUUUUUAUGGUAGUGGAUUGAUUGUAGGAGGUUAGCAGAGUCUCCACUUGAUGGCAUCAAAAGCUUUCUCUGGUGUUUAUUUUCCCUAAAUUGUUUCCUGUUUUUUUUAAUGGCCUCUGACUUUAUUGUCUAUCAGUUUGUUUGUCUUCCUUUAAGCUGUGUAAAUGAAACAGUUUAUAGUGCAGUACCCUCUACUUAAUACUAGAGGCAAUCUGCUUCAAUUCUGAAAGUUGAUUGGAUGAUGUCGAAGAAUUGUCUCUUAACAGAAAGCAUCCACGGAUCUAGAAUUUGAAGUUCUAGGGUUCUUAUUUCCACACUGUGUCAGAAAUGACUGCAGUUGGCUAGAAUUGGGCUUAGCUUCUGAUUAGCUUUGCCAUGCUAAAGAGCCAGUUGUCUAUAAUAAUAAUAAUAAUAAUAAUAAUAAUAAUAACAACAGCUGCUAACACAAACAAGUGUUUCAACCAAAAACAAGUCUCCUUUGGACUCAAGUAGGUCCCCACAUUAAAGUCUGUCACCAUAUUGGAAUCUAUCGGCUGAAUCCUAACUUCAGAUGCUCCAAUUUUACUCAAACUUUUUGCGGAAUUCGUGUAUCGAUGUCCAUAGGAGACUUGAAAGUGAGUUACUUCUCAAAUUAGGACACGGCCCCUCGGGUUCCCCACAUUGGAGUGACUCUAUGAAGGAACUGGUCUAGCCCUUACAACCGCGAAUUAGACUUUGCCUUAAUGCUAGAAGUAAUGAUUGUUGUCAUUGUCUUUCUCUUAUAAGCCGUACUGGCUGUAUGAUUGAACUAGUGGGUCAAUGCAGAUGUAGCUAUAGAGGAGUAUUGCAAAAAGAAGAAUGUACUGUCACUCUACUUUAUCCAGUUUUAAAAACAAUUCUGUAUAUGUAUGUACCAUUUUAUUAUUGUUUCCAUUUCAAGAAAGCCCCCCUUAGUCUGUUACAUGGAACAGUCUGGAAUUUGUGCUUGCUUUAGGUUCAAACAUUGAUAGAAAAGUGCCGUUUCGUGUCAGUCUUUUCUCCAGUAGUGGUGGCAUUAGCUCAUUCUGCCUCAGACAAUGGUACCUGGACAUACUCUGGUGUAGACUGUUUUUACGUAUUCCACUAAACAGUGGACCGGAGUCCUUCAUGCCCACAUGUCUGACUGUUUGUCUGCUUGCCCUGAUGUACAUUGGACUAGUAGCCUCAAUUCUCCUCUGUUCGUUUCUGUUCAAUGCAGAAACGACUCCCACUCUGUCUGGUCUGUGUAGAUGAGUAGGCACUUUGCUGAGUAUCUUUCCGUGGCUGUUCUUUUUGGGUGUUCUCAAAAGAAGGGAAAUUGUUGAUACAUACCUCUAAGCAGGUGAGCUACUGUAAUAAGGUAUUGGGAUAAAAUUCAUGGUUUAUUUGAAGGGUCCCUCAGUUCAUUUUUGGCCCAUUUAGGCUGGCCCAUAUACUUACUGUCAGCACACUUUGCCAUUGUUCCGGGAGAAUUAAAGUUGUGGUGCGUACCAUGUGGGGCCUUUCUCGCAGGGGUGAAAUGUCCCGAAGCAAAGGGGCAUGUUAACUGUUUCUUUAACUUGUGAAUGAGGGUUUUAUAAUAACUGCCGAAAGCUACUGGAUCAAAACAGGGUUAUUUGCAUUUAUAACGUACAGUAUUGCCCACGCCUUACCCAACACGCUGUCUAUAGGUCAUAGCAUUUAAGGCCAACCACGUCAUUGCCCCUCUCUUCCAUAGUUCUUAUCCUUUAUGCAAUUUAAAAAAAAUAAAAAAUGAAUGACUUUUUAGGCAGGAGGUUUGGGUCAGUUGAAUGUAAAUCUGAUAAACACUAAACGGAGAGUUACUUUUAUUUUUUACAUCUACAGUGCCGAGUUCAAUGUUUUUGCUAAAAGCUACAUCCUUUUAGAUUUCAGUCCCACAUGGAAAUCCAAGUGCAGUGUGCUUUGUAUUUCAGGCUCAAUCAACUAUUCCCAGCCACACGACUGCAUCUCACCGUUCCGCGUCCUUUAUCUAGAGAAUGACUACGCCAUGUGAUUGUGAACUAAUAUAUACACAUAUAGUGUAAAUAUACUCGUGUAUAAAAUUAUAUUUCUUUGAAAUAUGUACAAAGCAUGUAACACCUUUUUUUUUAAAUGGGUGGAGGAUUGUAAAGCUUUUUAGAACCCAGAUGGUACAAUCUCACUUACCAAAUCUGUUCUGUGUAUCGGUGAGUAAACCACUCAACCCUCAGUUACUAUACAAAGCAACAAUGUUACAAACAAAACACGGGUUACUCUACAUUUAUAUUUAAAUAUAUAAAUAACACAAUGUGUGGGGAUUUUUGUCGAGUGUGUUAUUUUUUUCCAUCUAUGUAUAGGUGUGAGGAGAGGAAUACUAUAACGUUCUCAAAACGUCGUUAUUUAGCCGAAACCUGACACUACUGUGCUCUGUCCAAGAGACCAAAACAUGUUGCCUGUAACUUGUGGCCGAGCCAUGUUGAGACGUCGUCCUCCUCUGUAUUUGUAUUGAUAUGCUGUACUGUUAACUCACAGAUAUGCUUUUUUCAAACAUUUUAACAUACUUUGUACAUGUUUAUUGCAUUAAAUCAAAUGAAAUCAAUCAUCAUUGAUGCA